AUGACUGGCUUCUUGGUCCCGGACAACUAUGUCCCAGACCUGCCAAAUGAUACCGACAUGAACAUUGCAUCUAUCGCGUGGGGCCUAUCUCUCGGCAUCACCAUCUUUAACAUUUCCAAGGCAGCCAGGCAGACGAAAUCCGCAUGGCAUAGGAGGAAGAGAGUUACGGCCUAUGUCGCCCUGGUCUGGGUUGAGAUCAUCUCGAGUUUCCUAUUGGGUGUUAUGUGCUGGUUCUAUCUUCGGAAUAAGAUCGAGCCGAGCUUGGAGUUUUUCUUUUUCAUCAUCGUGUGGUGGUCGACACAGGUCCAAUGCUUGAUCCAGAUCAUCAUCAAUCGAGUUUCCUUGUUGAUGGUUGUUCGAUCAAACGGUACCAAGCUCAAAUGGAUCUGCUUCCUCAUCCUUCUUGCCGUCAACAUCAGCGUCUUUUGCAUCUGGGUCCCUGCCCGUCUGCAGAUCAGCGAGAAAUACAUCCACCUAAACGAGAUUUGGGAUCGUUGCGAGAAAGUCAUCUUUGCUAUCAUGGAUGCUGCUCUCAACUUUUACUUCAUCUACGUCGUUAAGCAGAGGCUCGUCGCGAAUGGCCUUCAGAAGUAUACACGCCUUUAUCAAAUGAACUUGUUCUUGGUUGCCAUUUCGAUUGCCCUGGACAUCCUAUUGAUUUGCAUGAUGUCGCUGCCAAACAGUUUCGUGUACAUUCAAUUCCAUCCCCUCGUCUACCUUCUCAAGCUACACAUCGAGAUGAACAUGGCCGACCUGAUCGGCAAGGUCGUCCGUGCCAGCAACAACCAGGAUCACGACUACAGCUCUCGAUCGAGGACCAACGGUACAUCUCGCCAACACCCCAGCCGAUUCGGCCACACACUGGCCAGCACUCACCACCGAACGCACAUCGAGCUCGGCGAAGAGGAUGAAUACGAACUCAAGGAGCGAGAGAAGAUAGAGGGUAUCAAGAAGACGAUUGUGACGCAAGUGACUCGCAGCGGCCCCGGCGAGAAUGACGACGAUUCUCACGAGGAAAUCGACGACAGAGAGAUCAGCGAGAGCAGUUCAACGAAGCAAUUACAUCAGCGCCAAUACAGUGUCGAAUAG